AUGCGCAUGCGCUGUUCCUGCCCCUCCGCUGCUGUCUCCUUCAGUGUGCCCUCUCGCGCUGUACAGUCCUGAAACCCGCACAUCGACACGAGCCAUGUCUGAGAAAGGAGAAAAGCAGAGUGGAAAGAAGGAAAGAGUGGAGGAGAAGACACAGACAGAAAUACAGACCUGCUGCGAUCACUGCAAACCAAAGACAUGUGCAAACAUGGCCGUUCCUCCUGCAUACGCUGACCUCGGCAAAGCCGCCAAAGAUAUCUUCAGCAAAGGCUAUGGAUUUGGAGCAGUUAAACUGGACCUGAAGACCAAGUCACAGAGUGGAGUUGAGUUCUCCACGGGCGGCUCCAGUAACACAGACUCUGGGAAGGCAGCUGGAAACCUGGAGACGAAGUAUAAAGUGAAGGAGUUGGGCUUGAGCUUAAACCAGAAGUGGAACACCGACAACAUUCUGACCGCUGAAGUGACUCUGGAAGACCAGCUGGCUAAAGGUCUGAAGUUGGGAUUGGAUACUUCUUUUGUGCCCAACACUGGGAAGAAGAGCGCUAAACUAAAGACGGGUUACAAGCGCGACUACAUGAAUGCCGGCUGUGAUAUAGACUUUGACCUGGCCGGACCGACGGUUCAUGCCGCAGCGGUUCUGGGUUAUGAGGGAUGGCUGGCCGCUUAUCAGAUGGCCUUCGACACGGCCAAGUCCAAACUCGCUCAAAACAACUUCGCUUUGGGCUACAAGGCGGGAGACUUCCAGCUACACACUAACGUCAAUGAUGGUACAGAGUUCGGCGGUUCCAUCUACCAGAAGGUAAAUGAUCAGUUGGAGACGGCGGUGAAUCUGGCGUGGACCGCCGGCAGUAAUAACACACGCUUCGGCAUCGCUGCCAAAUAUCAGCUGGAUAAAGACUCCUCCAUCUCUGCCAAAGUGAAUAAUGCCAGUCUGGUAGGAGUUGGAUACACACAGAGCCUCAGGCCCGGUGUAAAGCUCACCCUCUCUGCUCUGAUCGAUGCAAAGAACUUCAACGCUGGCGGACACAAGGUUGGCAUGGGCUUUGAGCUGGAGGUGUAAACAUGGAAAGACUAAAGACGAGAAGCAGAGAUGAAAGAAGAGAACCCACAGUGAGCAGCACGAUUGCAGCGCCUGCGAAUAUACACGUCCCAUUUCACCCAGAAUUAGUUAGCAGAUAGACCUUAACCAACUGGCCUUAAACCCCCUACAGCACCUCAUUCUAUUUGAAAACUAGUCACAUGACGCGUGAUGUUCCUGUCUACACCAUGACAUCUGAUCUGUGUGACAUCUGUCUCUGAUCUGAUGUGCAUCUUGUUAACAGAGUUUGUUAAGGGUAAUGAUAAACGAAAAGUGACACCUCUCUGAAUGUCAAAGCCCUCUCACUUACGUUUGUCCACUUUAAUCCUUUAUAACGCUCAUUGCCAAACCUAUAUUUUAUCAUUGAAUUUGUCUAUGUUUGUGGGCUAGAGUAAGUCAAGGACAGUGUUUAUUUUGUUUUGUUUUUUCCUAAAUUAUGUUAAAAGUUCAUGACUUAAAGAGGAAACUGAUGUUGUGUAACUCAAUAAAGAGGAUUGUUAACGGA